GGGAAAGGAUUGAUCUUGCUCCUGUGUGGCUCUCCUGAGGUUGGCAAAACGUUGACAGCCAAAGCAGUGGCCGAACAGCUCCAGCGCCCUCUGUACCGAGUCAGAAUGGGAGAGUUGGGCGUGAACGCAGAAAGGGUCGAGAGCUCGCUGAAGGAAGCCCUCCGUCGCUGCUCAUACUGGAACUCAGUGUUGCUGAUUGACGAAGCUGACAUUUUCCUGAAACAACGAACAAAUGACAAUCUUGCUCGGAAUGAGCUGAGUACUAAUCAAGGAGUCCUCAUCCUAAUGACGAAUCAGACUGAUCAUCUGGAUAUUGCAUUCGGGUCAUGCAUUGAUAUAGUCUUAUCGUAUCAAAAUCUAACCUCGAAUGCGCGGAGGGAUAUCUGGUCAAGCUUCAUCAAGACGCUGCCGCCGGACGAAAUAAGGAUUACUAGCAAGAAGUUGACAAUGCUUUCUCAGUGGGUUUUUUAUGGAAGGCAUAUCAAUAGUGCCAUCAAAACGGCUCGCAUUUUGGCUGCGAAGGACAAGGAACCCUUAAGCAUGCAUCAUCUGAACAUAGUCCUCCACAUCAGGAGA